AUGAAUACCAGCUGCAACCUCGGCGAGAUCGAUGUAAAGACCAACAAGCGCUACCAGCACAACGUCCGCAUUUUGUCACCGGCCAAGAGCUUUGCCAUUUACUUUAAGUGUCCUGAGGCGGCCCACGAGUGGUACGGUCUCGUACAGGAGACGUUCAGCUCACUACUACUGGACAGAGAAUCCUUCAUACACGCAGCCAACAACCACCACCACGACAACACACUCCAGGGCGCCGUAUUCUUAAACAGCCAAUCAGAAUGCGUCCUCCCGCUCGCACCAUCCAAUGAAAACGCAGCGAACUCGCGCCGCCUCUCGGCCGCCACCAAUCAUAUCACAGAAAAUACGCACCGGCCAUCCAUCGCGUCCAUGGGCUCGCUGGCCAGCCAAUCAAACCAGCCCGUUACCGUGGCGCCGGUGUGGGUGCCUGACGCACACGCCAAGGAAUGCAUGCAAUGUGCUGUGAAGUUCACUGUCAUCAACCGCCGCCACCACUGCAGAGGGUGUGGGGGGGUCAUGUGUAAUGCGUGUGCGCCUCUCGUGUCGAAGAAGGAGAAGGACGCUGUGGCCGCAAUCGCUAUCGACUCAUCCGGGGUCAAAAAGUGCAGUCACAAACGCACCUCCAGUUUCGGGUUGGCCAUUGGUAGUGGUCUUAGUAUCAGUGCGCCUGUGUUAUUAACCGCAGAGUCCCCGGAGCCAACGGCAGCCGCAACCGCAACCGCAGGUACCGAACUGGCGCGUAGUCCAGUGAUGAGUGAUGGGGGUGGGUUACGGUUAUGUGCCACGUGCAAGGAGCUACGGCAGCAACAGGCCGUGCAGAGAGCGUCGCAGUGUGUGAGUGAUGUGCUGAGUGAGACAGAUCACGAGGAUGAUAGUAUGGAGCAUAUCCCCACUAUAGGCGAAGGUACGGAGGAUGAGACACAGGCGCCUGUGGGUGCACCGGCCCCGGGACACGUGCACCCGGGUGCAGUCAAAAAGGGCAGUCGCCACGGGAGCAAGGCGUCGCUGAAGGGUGUGCAGGCGCAGUCGUCGGUAAUCGGCAUCUCUGGUGGUGAGGAGAGCGAUAGUGAGGCCGUUGCCAUGCCAACCACGCCCACGGCGGGCAAGAAGAAACACGGGCGAUCG